UUAUUAAAUUUAGAUAAUAUUAAAAAUAAAUAAAAAAAUGAUUCUUAUCACACAAUGACUUGUAUUAUCUUCCUUAUUUUGUUCAAAAUAUUAGCAGAGGUAUCCCUGCAAGAAAUUCCUUUGAAUAACAACAAACAUUUAAAUGUUGAUGAGUUACAACUCUCUCCUGGCGGAUCCUAUUUUUAUACAAAUUAUCUGGUGCAAAAUCGUCCUGUAAUAAUAAGAGGUGCAUCAAAAGAUUGGGAUUCCAUUCGUAAUUGGAAUAACAGAUCAUACAUAAAAGAGAAAUUUGAUAAAUUGUUUAUUAAAUCACUUAAUGGUGACAUUUUAACAUUUGAAAAUGUUUUAUUUGAAAAUGAAGAAUUUGUAGGUUUUCUUCCAAAAGAGAGUACCAUCCUUUAUGAUGUUCAUCUACCAUUAGUUUUACACUGUAAUGAGUUUAUACAAAAGAUUACUGGUGUCAAGCUUCAUAUUCGUGAGAGUAGAAAAGCCAAAAUCACCUUAAGCACAGUUGAAAAUUUCAUAGCUCCACUUUUUUCAAAUUUAUCUGUAAUUAUUUUUGAUGUGUAUGAUUCCAACGCCAACGUGAAAAACAUGAAAUUAUUCAAAUCUUGGGAUAUGAUGCAUAAUGAUCUAAGUUUACUCAAUAUUUCUUUUUCAAUGCUGACUAUUUUUCCAGGUGAUAUAUUGUAUGUUCCUGUACAUAAGUGGUAUUAUGUAUCUCCUAAAGAUUUAGCAAGUUAUAUAAAUAUUCAAGUCGAUUUUUUUGAGCAAGAUUUUUCUAGCGACUUUACCCAAGCUUUGAUCCAUUAUAAGGAGUUUUUAUCGAAACAGUCGAAGCAUCUAUCAUGUAACAACACUAAGAUUUCUUUUAAAGACAUUCUUGAAAUAGAUUUCAAUGAUGAUUUAGCUGUUUUGAAUUUAAGAAUACCAAAAAAAAAUGAACGACCUGAAGAUAUAACUCUUGUAACAGGAAAUAAAAUGCCAGUCUUAGGUUUAGGAACAGCUUUUCUGGAAGAUAAAACAAAAGAUGCAAUAAAGUAUGCAUUAGAAGUUGGAUAUAGGUUAUUUGAUCUUGCUUAUGGCUACCCUGGAUCAGAAGUUGGAUUUGCAAACGCCAUUUCAGAAAGUAGUGUAUCACGAGAUAAGGUUUUUGUGGUUACUAAGUUACACCCAAUGUUUCUUGGAUAUAAUGAAACAUUACAUGCUAUUGAACUUUCCUUAAAAAAUUUGAAUACAAGUUACAUAAACCUGUAUCUUAUUCAUUCAGUAGUUUGUGAUGACCUUUUCUUAAAAUGCUCUAAAGAACCAAAUGGCACUUGGAAAGAAACCUGGCGCGCAAUGGAGCAAGCAAAAAGAGAAGGGAAGUUGCGAGACAUAGGUGUAUCAAAUUUUAAUACUACUAUGCUCAGCGAGCUGAUUGAUUGGGCUGUUGAACCUGUCUCCGUUGUUCAGAAUUGGUUCGACCCUUUUCAUACAGAUAGACCUUUGCGAAAACUAUGCGCUCAACAUAAUAUUCGUUAUAUGGGAUACUCAACUUUGGGUUCUCGGUGGCAGUUUGCAAAUAUUUUGGACUACAAUCCUGUUUUAGAAAGUGACAUAAUAUCAUCCGUCUCAGCUCAUUAUGACUAUGUUCCCACACACGUUGUUUUGCGAUGGGCUAUUCAUAAUAAUGUUACCGUUAUUCCACGCUCGGCCACCCCAAAUCAUAUAGCACAAAAUUUUCGAACUUUAGACCUUGUUCUUCAUCCGGCAGAUAUUCAGGCUUUAGAUGAAUUAGGAAUUUGGAUGGAUGAGCUGUUAGGUGAAGAUGAUGAAGAUUACAAUUGAUCAUUUGGAUGGAUGAGCUGUUAGGUGAAGAUGAUGAAGAUUACAAUUGAUCAUUUGGAUGGAUGAGCUGUUAGGUGAAGAUGAUGAAGAUUUUUGAUCAAGAUAAGCUGUAAACCAGACGAAUUUAAUUGAAAUCAAAAACUUGCUUCUUAUUUAUAAAUUUAAUGGGUUAUUUUCUUUAUCUGUAAAUAAACAAUUUAGUAAUUAAAUUACAAAAUAUAGUUAUAGUAUAUAGUUAUAGA